AACAUCAACCCCAUUCAUUCCUGUUCUUUUAGCAAGCUUUUCACUCGAGUCGGUCUUUACAGUUCUACCAACUACCUACCCUCCUUUGGUCUAUAGACACAACCUCGUAACCAUGAAGUGGUCCAUCCUCUCCGGCUUGGCCAUGCUGGCUUUCUCCAACGCCGCACCAGCAUCCUUCAACAACGCGGCAAACAUGGCACUACUACAUCCCGCGCACGAAAAACGACAGGCCGUCACCACGAGCACUUCCACGGUCGAUGUCACCACGACGCAAACCCUCACGAAUUACGCGUUUGCAUACACCACCACAACAUUGUCCUUUACUCAGACGGGGGGAGCGGAAACAUCAACCAUUACCAACCUCGCAUUUUCUUACUUAACAACGACGGUGAGCCGCACCACUACGGCGACUUCAACCGACUACGAUGCCACCACGACGGCUACCUCCACAGCCACCGUGACUGGCGCCACGACCACUGCAACGGCGACGACGACAGUCUUUGCAACAGCUACAGUCGAAAAUACUGUGUCGGGAACGACGACAUCCGUAGCGACAGCGACGGCGAUAGUCGACACCACUACCACUCAGACGGCGACCGUGACCUCCACAUUUGUCGCGGCGACGGAUACCACUACGUCUACAGGGACCGUUUAUUUCACGCUCCCUGCCGCAACCACAUCGUAUUUUACUACAUUUGUCAAGACGAUCGACGUCACGGCAACUUCAAGCGCGACAACUACGACGACCAGCACAUCAACCAUCACCUCGGAUGUUGUCACGACCGGAACGACUACAGCAGAGGUCACGAGCACGCAAACGACAACGGCAGAGGCCACGAGCACGCAAACGAUCGUUGCAGAGGCCACGAGCACGCAAACUACCAUUGCCGAAGCUACAAGCACUCAGACGACCAUUGCAGAGGCCACAAGUACCCAAACGACAGUUACAGACGCCACCAGCACCUCAACCAUCAUUGCAGACGCCACGAGCACCUCGAACACCAUUGCAGACGCCACGAGCACCUCAACCACCAUUGCAGACAUCACCAGCACCGUCGUCGCCACCCAAACCAUCAACGUUACAACCACAAAUCUGUCCACUUUCGUGACGCAAAUCACGUCCCGCACAACGGACGUAGUGACUAUUCACGCUACUACCACGGCAAAGCCUACCACCAAGAAGCACACGGCGAAGGCUGAUGCCAAGAAGCACAGAACGAAGUCUACAUAGAGCAGAGAUGAAUUCUCUAGCGAGAGAUGAUGGAGGAGAAAAGUGCGUUUGAGCUAUAUGUAGUACUCUAAUCGUUUCUAAG